CUGGGAACAAAAUAAGCAGUUCUCAACAGUCCUGAAACUCCAGCCAGCCUCGCAGGACGUACUUUAACUUUGGAUCAUCUCUUCACUUUAAGGGUUAUAAUGGAGCCUGUGUUCACAAGCAUGGGGCUAAAGGUUGCUGUGCUGUUUCUGUUAACAAUUCAGCUGAAGACAGAUGUGACAGAGGCGAUGGAAGUGACAACCUCGGGGCCGCAGACCAUUCAGCAGGCCCAGGGGGACACAGUCAACCUGAGAUGCACCUACUCCCCCGGGCCCGAAGACACAGGAGAGCUGGACAUCGAGUGGUCCAACGUCAGCCCAGACAUGACACAGAAAGACAGACUGAUCUUAUCAUUCACAGGGGGACAGACGCACCAGUACGGCGACCCCAGCAUCUCCCAAAGGCUCAAGUUCACAGGGGACCCCAAGCUGGGAGACGCUUCCAUCGCGUUCUCUGAUGUGAAGGUCUCAGACACAUCCACCUACCAGUGUAAAGUCAAGAAGGCGCCGGGUGUUGACACACGAAAAGUCACUCUGGUUGUGAUGGUUCCCCCGUCUGUGCCAAAGUGUUGGGUUGAAGGCGGCGAGGAGAAAGGCGGACCCGUCUCCCUCCGCUGUAAGUCCUCUCGGGGAUCCAACCCUAUCAGUUACACGUGGGCGAGAGAGAGUGGAGGUACAAUGCCAUCCACUGCAACCCAAGACCUACAGACUGGGGAGCUUUUGAUAAAGAACCAUACAGACAGCAACGUUGGAAGUUAUGUGUGUGAGGCGAAAAACCCCGUCGGCAAGGCACAGUGUAAAUAUGCACUGCAUGCAUACAACCCUACCAACAAGGUGGGUGUCAUAGUCGGGGCGGUGAUUGGCGCCCUCCUGCUGCUGCUCCUCCUCCUGCUUCUCAUCUGGCUCCUGAUCUGCUGCUGCCACAAGCGCCGCUACGAGAAAGAGGUUGAAAAUGAAAUAAGGGAGGACGUUCAGGCCCCGGAGAGCAAACCCAACAGCAGGAACUCCAGUUUCCGCUCAGUGAUGGGGUACCGCACACACCCCGGCGUGCAAUACAGCUCCGUGAGGAACAACCAGCCCGUUCGCAGUGAAUCAGGCCGCAGCAGCGUCUUCAUCGGCGGGACUAACGGCACAUCGCUGCCCAGUAGCAGCCCUGCUCCCCUCAAAUACGACCAUCGAUACGGAUACCCCGUCUAACUGCAGCUGCCUGAUAGUUUUUAGUAUAAAAUGAAGCCUUCGAAAGAAAAUACUGUUUUUAAAGAAAAGCCUAUGUAAAGUAUGUACAUGAGAAAUGGUGCAAUACAAUAUAUUUAACUGGAGGAUACUGGGAGAGCUGGUAUACCACUACUGGGAACUCUUGGACAACUCUUGAACUUUUAUAAUGCACUAGGAAUAAGGCUCUCACAAUCCAACUCAUUAUUACACUGAUUUAGCUAAAACUGUAUGUGAAAUGUGUAUAUAUAUAUAUAUAUAUAUUAAAGAUGUAUUUUUAUUGGUGCUUUUUUUCCCCUAUGAUGUAUA